AAUCAUCUCAUCUAUAAAUUAUCACGAAGCCCCCUGGCCCUGCUAUCACCUUACCCAGUUACAAAAUUCUGACACGACAGGAAAGUGCAAUGUAAAUUAGUUCUGACGAUGGAGGAAGUAGAAGUUGCCAAGAGAAGAUGCAAAAGUGUGAUAGAUCAAAUUGAAAGGCUACCUUCAUCAACAAAUAUAACCCGUUCAUCCAAGCAAACCCUCUUCAAAUUGGCACUCUCUGAAUUCAACUUUCUCUCUCGCUCUUCCAUCGCCCAUCCCCUUAGUGUCAACAUUGGUCACCUUGAGGCUGUGCUUUUUGUGCUUCAACACCCUUUUAUAAGUGGGGUUUCGCGUGUUUGCAAGCCAAUAAAAAAUGGGUUUAAAUCUGUUCAUGUUGAUGUGGUUUGCACUUUUCAAAAAAACCCAGUUUGGAUACUUGUUUCCGAUAGAAAUCCCAAGUAUGUUUCUUGGAAUGAAUGUCGUAAGAGUAAGGGUUUGAAGUCGAGAGUUGAGGAAGUCUUGGCUGCAGCCAGGUCUUGUGAGACUUUGAGACCUAGAAAGGUUAUUCUUUUCUUCAGUCAUGGAGUUGGGGAGUCUGUUCGUGGUCGUCUUGAAGAUGAAUUUGGGGCUUUGGAGAUUAGUUUGUCUGAGUUUGAUUCUUGUGACGAAGUAGAAGAUGGGUGGGUGAAUGUGCCUUCGAGAUCAUUUCGUGAGGCAUGUGUUCUGGAAAUAAGUCUUGAUUUUAGUGGGAAUAAUGCUUCAAGUUUAGAAUGUGUUGUCAAAGAUGUAACUUUCGCAGCUGAAGGGUCUAAUGUCCGAGGAGAGAAUGCAAGUGUCAAUUUUGGUGGUAGUUUUGGUUCUAUUGUAUCACAAAUGAAAUUAUAUUCUAUGGGUGAACCAGAUCAUUUGCAAAGUGAUGGCAAUCUUGUAAACUUUGAUACGACAGCUUUGAUUGCUCUUGUAUCAGGAAUUAGUAAUGGUUGUGCAGAGAAACUUUUGGCUACGUCAGAGAUUGAACUGAGGCAGCGGUUUAAGGGCAAUGUUCAGUUUGUGAUUUCACAGGCUAUGUCAGAACUUCAGAAUCCAAUUCAUGAGGAAUUGCGAGGUGUAUUUGCUGGAAAGAGAGGCAUAAUAUGUGAAAGUGUGCUUUCGGAAUUCACGGAGUUGGUCUUGAUGUGUGGAGGGCCUAAUGAAAAGUUGAGAGCUAAUCAGUUAUUGACAUGCUUCAUUGUUGUGAAUGAUAAUCCUUCUGAGCGUCUGAUGGGGCUGCCAACGACCAGAAAGCUGGCACUGAAGAACAAGGUUGUUUUUGGAACUGGUGAUCACUGGCAUGCACCAACUUUGACAGCAAAUAUGGCAUUUGUAAGAGCAGUUUCACAGACUGGGAUGUCUCUCUCUACCAUUGAACAUAGACCACGGGCUUUAACUGGUGAUUAGCCAUAUUUUCCUUUGCAAAUUGUUUUUUUCUGUCAAGAGAACCAUUUCCCUGAAUUGCAGAUAUUUGAUGUACACAUUGAAGGGAUAGGUUUAAGAGCCCAAUAUGUUUUACACCAGUUUCUAUACAAUUUUUUAGUCAUUGGAAUAUUGCAUUCUAAUGUUGGGAUUGCUUCA